GACUCUCUCUCCUGAAUAAUGCAGCAGAAUAGCAACCGCAUGGAAGACUUCCCUCUCAAUGUCUUCUCGGUCACUCCUUAUACACCCAGUGCGGCUGACAUCCAGGUGUCUGAUGAUGAUAAGGCAGGAGCCACUUUACUCUUCUCAGGUAUCUUUUUGGGGCUGGUGGGAAUCACAUUCACAGUGAUGGGCUGGAUCAAGUACCAAGGCGUCUCUCAUUUUGAGUGGACACAGCUUCUCGGGCCGAUUCUGCUCUCAGUUGGGGUGACAUUCAUCCUGAUCGCCGUGUGCAAGUUUAAAAUGCUAUCUUGUCAGUCUUGCAAAGAAAGUGAGGAAAGAGCCCUGGACACAGACCAGACUAUGAGUGGACAAUCCUUUGUUUUCACGGGGAUCAACCAGCCUAUAACAUUCCAUGGGGCAACUGUGGUGCAGUAUAUUCCUCCUUAUGCGUCUCAGGACACCGUCGGGGUAAACGCCACUUAUCUGCCCCCAGUGGUGAACCCUUUUGGUGUUGCAAACUCAGGAGGGCCAAUAGUGCCUGUUCCGAGUCCCCCUCAGUACUGUACCAUCUAUCCUCAUGAUAAUGCUGCAUUUAUUGACGAUGAACUCUAUCCCACCUAUAUGGACAUGGAUCACAGAAAUGAAAACAGGUCAACUACUGAUGCUGAACAGCUAGAGGAGAUACAGCUAGAAGACAACAGUCAUGAAUGCUUAUCCCCUCCCUCAUAUGAGGAGAUAUAUUCCAAUCCAUGCUAGAAAUGAAAUUUCUAAGGGAACCAAGCACUAAAAACCACUAUUUUUCUAACUAAAGGCUUUAAAUAUGACCACAGGUUCCCACAGUACCCCCUAGUGGUAUAGUUGAACUCUCAAUUAUUCAUGGGUAGGGUUGAAGGGAAAAAUAUCUCCCCAUAUGGCAAUGGAGAAUUCCCACUCCUGUCUUCAUUUCUUCAUGAAGGAUACCCUCAAUUCUCCUUACAAGUUUCUAGGGGAACAAGGAUUUUAACAAUUAAUUCUUUAUAGGAGUCCCAUAAGUCACCCUCAUGAUCAUAAGGAAAAUUUUGAUUUUUAUACUUAAAGGAUUUCCUUGACUUAUGGGACUGAUGAGGCAGAAGGAAGGCAAGAGCAUACAAGGUUCUGCCCUUAAUAGGAUCCUAGCCCAGGCAUGGGAUUCUAUGAAUGGCUAAUGUCUUGCAACAGGAAGUUUGUAUCUGAGCACCUGAAAUAUGUUUCUUUUAACUCUUGGGGCUUGGCUUGCCUCCUGAUUAAGGGGUUUGGGGGCUGCCUAAUCUUUCAGGGAUUUGAGGGCUGAAAGGAGAUGACUACAAUGGUUACUUUGAUGUUUGGUAUAUUUGGAUUUAUGUACUCAUAUUAUGAUUAAAAAAACUGCAUCCGG